AUGUCAAUGCCACCGCCACCGACCACCCUCCCAACCCCUCAAAACAUGGCAACGGUAAUGCCUACCGCUGUAGACGCGGGCAAAUCGAUUACAGUCUCUUCGUUCAAAAUCACGACCCGCAAGCUCCCGAUCCUCAAUGCGCAAGAAAUCGACGCGAUGACAGAAAAGCUUGGGAUUACGCCACCGGAAAUGAUCUUUGGGAAUAAUAUAGUUUCUAUUGAAAAGGUCGGGGAGCAGGGAGAGGAGUGGAAGAUUGAGUUUAAUGCGCUGGAUGCGUUGGAUUUGGUCGAUAAGACGGGGAAUGAUAUGUUGAAGGUUGCGUAUUCGGCGGCGUGGCAGAAGCAGAGAGAGAAAAUGCACGAAGGGAUUAAAGAGGUCGUGAAGCCAUUCGACUGGACGUAUUCGACCAACUACCAAGGAUCGAUAUCUGGAACAAAGGAGUUCACCGAAACGACCGACCAAAUCCCUCUGGACAAACUCCGACGUCAAGAUCCCAUCCUCUUCUUUGACGAUGUCAUGCUUUACGAAGACGAACUAGCAGACAAUGGCAUGUCGAUAUUAUCUGUGAAAGUCAGGGUUAUGCCUGCCAGACUUCUUUUGCUGGCAAGGUUUUACAUGCGACUUGAUGAUGUCGUGUUUAGGAUCAGAGAUACGAGGGUCUUUGUAGAAUUCGCGGACGGAGUGGUAUUAAGAGAAUAUCAGGAGAAGGAGGAUAGUUACGAGAAUGUUAAGAAGAAAUUCCCACCAUAUCGAGAUGAUAUACCUGCUAUUAUGAGGGACCCGAACCAAAUGGCGGAGUAUUUGCCUUUGAAGUCGGUAAAAGUCGAGAAGCUGGUUUUAUAA